GAUAGAACCCCGGUGCCACAUCCGAGGUGGCUCCAGCCCUGGAUUCUGCAGCAGUGCUAUAGUGGGGGGCUUUACCACUGGCAGAGCAAUGUCCAACACCCCUUGGACCUCACACGGUCCCACAGGUCCUACCACCACCAAUGGCACAGUCUGUCCUUCCAGGUGACUACUGGAUGAGGAUGGUGAGUACAGUUGCCCUCUUGUCAUCCCAGCUGUCCUCCCCAUCCACUGCAGACCUCGGAGAAACCCGUGCAGUCUGUGCUGGGGCUUGCAAGAGCCUCAGAGCCCCACUCCUGGCUUGGCUGAGCCCCUGGGGCCCCCACAGUCACAGGCAGCCCUGACAGCCCUAGUGUGUGACCCCUAGGCUCUGUGUUGAACUGCACAACAAUCAGGGUGCCUGCCUCAUCCUGGGCAGAGUCCAGGGGUGAUCCCAAACAGCCCUCCUGAAACGACACCUGGGGGGAGAGCUGGAAGUGGGGCAACAUCCCAGGAUCUGUCUGGUGCCCUGCAGGACCUCUGGAGGUGCUGGUGGUACCAGCCCACUGCCAGGACACUUACCAGGGCUGGAUCCCCCUCUGCUGCUUGGCCCCCCUUCCAUGUCACCCUCAUGGCCAUCCCCAAGAGAAGUCACUGCCACUUGGACCAGAUCAGCAGGUGGUUCAGCAUCAGCCCCAGAAGUGCCACACGCACACUCAGAGCAGGGCCAUCGCAGGGAUGUGUCCCCAGCCCUGCAGGUUGGCCUUGUGCUGUCCCCUCCACAGCACCUACAGUGAGCUCUCCAGUAGCACCCAGCUGGCCUGAGGCCACCCUCAACACCUUCCUGCAUGUCCAGGCUGAAUACUUCACCAGCUGCACAGAGGCCAGGCUCCCCACGCUGGGCAGUUGGCCCCCCAGUGUGGCUGUGGCCAAGGGGCUCAGCUGUUUCAUGCCCCUUGCAGCUGCCCUCACACUCAGCAGAGCCCGGAAAGUGGUUCAAAUGCCUGUCUCCUGUGUGCCCCCAGGUGUUUGAAGGGCCAGCGACAGCCUCCAUCCCACCCAGUCCUGGUAACUAAUGAGCGGGAGGAGAGGGCUGAGGGUGACAGUUCAGAGCAGGGAUGGGGAGUUUGGGAUUCCCUGGGGUUGGAAUGGCACGGGUGAAGGCUGAGCAUGGGGCAUCUGCCUGGGGGGAACACUGGGAGAAGAGACCCAGGCAACAGACCCUGCACGGACCGAUCUCCUUCCUCGACACCUCGGCUGGGGGCUGGCAGGGAACGCCGAGGAUGCCAGGCUGGGUGGGGAGCCCAGGCUCCUGGCAGGCAGCCACCGUCCUGUCCCUGCCCAUCCCCUCCGGACGCCCCAGGAGGGGGGCGGCCGUCCCAGCCCUGGGGCUAUGCUGAGAUCAUUGGGUGUCUCCCUGGCAGAGGCUCCUGCCACCCGCCUGGAGGCUCCGCCGUCUCCACCAGAAAGAGGGACCAGGGGCUCCAGCCCUGCAGCCACUGGAGUGCUGGGGAUGACUUCCAGAUGUGGCCACUUGCCCGCAGUAGGUGGUUGCUGCAGGCCGGGAGGCAUCACAGAGCUCUGCCAGGACCUUUGCUGUGGAGCUGAAGCCCAGUGCGAUCCACAGCAAGGAGGGUUCCUGCAAUGCACUCCAGUCCCUGUUCUUGGUGCCUGAGGUGGCUGUUAAAGGAUAGACUUUGGGCUGUGCUCUGCCCCUGCCAGGCGUGAAAGGAGCUCACCCAGCCUCAGCCAGGUCCUGUGUGGGAAUGCCGCAGACCUGCGGGCUGAAGUCACCCUCCGUGAGGGGGGACAUGGGCCCCUGGGCAGGAACUGCUCCAGGAAGGGGGGCUCUCGCACAGUCAAGCAGGCGCCAGGCUGGACAGUGCAGGAGGAAGGCAUUGGGGCCAAGGACUGGCAGGGUCGGCCAAGUGUCUGCCCUCUCCCCACCUCCUCGGCCUCGUGCCUGGGGGUAGGUUGUGUCCUCACCCUUCCUUCCUUGGCCAUGGGCAGGAGCUGGGGCUGCUCCGGCAGUGCUGCCUGUGGGGCAGGUGCCUGGGUGAACCAGAGACUGCGGUUUUGGGGCCGUGGGUCCCCCUGCUGUCCCCAAUCCCGGGCGGCAGCGCCCGUCCGGGGACAUUGUGCUUUCCCGUCCACUCCCCCCGCUGCUGGGCUGCCUGCCCUCCACGCAGGAGACGAGGGAUUUCACAACCCAGCCCAGACAGGAUUAAAGAGAAAUACACAAGUAAACAAAUCGCGGCCUCGUAACGCUGGACGUGCUGUGCAGGGAGUGGAUCCUCCAGGCCGUCAAACUGCCCCUGUCAGAGGAAAGGAGUUGCUUCCUGUUAUUUCCAUUGAAAUCCCUGUCCCGGUCGUUAGCCGGCAGGCUUUGGCAGGAUGGCACCGCGCGCGCACAUGAGCUCCCGCCGUCUCUCCCAAGGGCUCCUGCUGCUCUGCGUGCUCCUGGGACACACUCAGACAGUCCACACGGACGCAGUGACAACGAGCUCCGGCCAGGAUGCUGGGACAAGCCCACCUAUGGCCAUGUCCAACGGGACAGCCCAGUCUAUGUACGGGAAUUACACCGACUUCACACUGCAGUGCUGGGAUUACUUCGUCGACCUGAUGAGGAAUGUGAGAACAUCGGAGUUGUGCGAGUGGAAAGUCAUCAGCAGGCCCUACAGCGAGCUGCAGGCCUGCCUGGAGUACUGGGCUGAACGCCUGAACUACAGCUACCCCAACGCACUGGCAGAGCAGUACAUCUUCCAGAGCCAUCACCGCUACUUCCACAACUGCACCCUGGAGCACCCGGUGUACUUCGACCCGCCCGAAGAUGUGCUCCUGGCCAUGAUCAUCGCACCCAUCUGCCUCAUCCCGUUCCUCGUCACCCUGGUCAUCUGGCGCAGCAAGGAUAGCAAGGCGCAGGCCUAGAGCUGCCCUCCCGUCCCGCGUCGGGGCACGGACCCCCGGCUGCGGGGCCGCCCGAGCACCCGAACCGCCCGGUGGGCUCUCGGGGCCACCAACCCGCGCUGCUGAGGCGGCCGGUUCCUCCUGCGCCUUCCCCACCCUGCGGCUCGGGAUUAAACGCUUCUCUCCCCA